UUACCGGGAAAAAAAAAAAAAAAAUGCACUCUAGCUCGACCAUAGCUUGUUGAGGCGCUGCAAAGCUGUGUUUGGGGAGAAAGGGGUUAAAGAGUCAACCGAACGCUCGCUGCUCGGGCGUAUAAAUCCCCCCUUAAACAAACAGAGCAUCGGCCUGUGUUCGGACACGGUCAGUCACACAGCCUGCUCCACUUUCUCUGCACCAGCCCACAGCAGCGCUGCGGUAUCGGCCACACGACAGAGCAGCGGGGUCUGCAGCCCGGCUCGUUUUGCUCUCCUCUUCUUCUCCGUUGCGGCGACUUCCAGACUGGACAUGCAAGGAUGUACAGGAAAAUAAGGAGCAACAAAGGUCAGCGAGCCGGAUCGAUUCUCUUAUCGGUGAUAAAGUAGCCUAAGACACCGCCGUCAGAACAAAAAAAAAAAAAAAAGAAAAAAGAAAAAAACAGCCUCCUCUUCGCAUGAACCCCGGCAGGAUUCGGUUCGGCUUCUUGGUCGUUUCCAAAGACUCAGGAUGAGGAAGCCCAAAGUCAUUCGGAUGGUUUUUGCCUUGGUUCUGGGUUGUUUCAUCAUGGUCAUCUUCUACUUUAACAGCAGUCUGAAGCCAGCUUCAGAGCCGGAUGGUGAAAGAAGCAGCGGACAGAAGUCGAGGAGAAGUCCUCUGCAGGCACUUUAUGAUGGUGACCAGACUGAAUCAGCAGUACAGGCAAUCCAUCAGGGCCGAAGGGAGCUGUUAGAGGAAGCCUGUCGCUCCUACACCCGCAAACGUAGAGUUCUCAUCCCCGAAGACCUGAAGCACGUCAUCGUGGAUGACCAGCAUGGCUUGCUGUACUGCUACGUGCCCAAAGUGGCCUGCACCAACUGGAAGCGGGUGCUCAUGGUUCUGACAGGCGUCGCCGGCUCCCAAACAGAUCCCCUGGCUAUCCCUGCCAAUGAAGCCCACAUCCCAGGAAAUCUCCGUACCCUGUCAGAGUACUCCACCACCCAGAUUAACCAGCGCCUGCGCUCCUACCUGAAGUUCGUCUUCGUACGUGAGCCCUUCGAGCGGCUGGUGUCUGCUUAUCGCAACAAAUUCACGAGAAGCUACAACACAGCUUUUCAUAAACGAUAUGGCACAAAGAUAGUGCGACGGCACAGGCCGGACCCACAGCCAGAGGCCCUGGAGAGAGGAAAUGAUGUCUCCUUUGAGGAGUUUGUGUAUUACCUCGUGGACCCGGCCACUCAGCGAGAGGAGCCCUUUAAUGAACACUGGGAGCGGGUGCACUCACUGUGUCACCCCUGCCUCAUCCACUACGAUGUUGUAGGGAAAUAUGAGACACUGGAGCAGGACUCCCGCUACGUGUUGCAGCUGGCCGGGGUGGAGGACCAGGUCAGCUUCCCUGCCUCAUCCAAGAGUACCAGGACUACAGGAGACAUGGCAGCCCAGUUCUUCCACAACAUCAGCCCCUUUUACCAGAAGAAACUAUACAACCUCUAUCGUAUGGACUUUCUGCUCUUCAACUAUUCCAUACCAGCCUACCUCAACUUUAGAUGAGGCUGGGAUGUCACUCAUCCAUGGACUCCAUUUGAACUUAGGGAGCCUGGAAAAGUACUGUUUGUUUUUGAGAUGUUUCUUUCUCUGAAGGCCGUAUUACAGACACUGCAAAUACUGCUUUGAAAGAAAGAAGCACCGUAAGAGUAAUGUAAAUGAGAGCUUAUUUUACAGAUAGAACAUCAAGCUGAGGAACUUCUGUGCACACAGGGGAUACAAGUAGGAGAGGACCCUCCAUUACAAGAUGAAAGAUGCUGCCUAAUGAAGGCUAAUUACUGUAAACAGUGAUCCAGUGGAUGUUGGUCACUGUCUCUGAAUGUGUGAAAUGGCAUUCAAAUUUGGUUGCAUUUAAUUUCUCUUGUUGUCUGCUGUUUUAAAUGUGUAAUUUGCACAAAUGUAAUCUCUACAAGGUGCAGUAACAUAAUGAAAGUAUUAAAAAGCACAUUUAGACAGUGAAUGUCUCCAGACAUAUGUGCCUUUAAUUGUGGGCCUUAUUUUGACCCCAGCAGAUAAUGACACCUUUUGUAACUGUGACUGUGUUUAUUUUUUGUACUGUAGGAAGAGAUUUUUGUGUAACUGUGAUACUGUCUUUAUUUAUUGUUAUUUCUGACUCUACAAAGCCCUACAAACCAAAAUAGAUAUAUAGUUCUCUCACAAUUGUCAAAUAAAUACAUUUCAGCAAGAA